AUGGCUACUAUCAAGCAUCUUGCUAGAGUAGCAUCGGAUCACAGUCCCAUUGUUCUAAGUAUGAAGGUUAAAAUGCAUUGUAAGGCUAAAAUAUUUAAGUUUGAGGAAACUUGGAGAUCAUACCCUACUGCAAAGAGUAUUGUUUAUAACUCUUGGAUGAAGAAUGACUAUGGUGAUGAGUAUAGUAUACUACAAAGAAAACUCAAACGUACGAUGAAGGUUUUGUUUUUCUGGAAUAAAAAUAAAUGCAAGGACUUGAAUGUAUUGAAGGAAACAUUGAAGAGGGAAAUUCUUGAUCUUCAAAAUAGGGAAGCUUGUGAUGUUAACUGGACUGCUGAUGAUCUUGUUUUGCUAAGGAACAAAGUGCAUGAAUUGAAUGUUACAUUGAGGCGGUUGUCUACUUGGUGGAAUCAAAGGGCUAAAGUGAGAUGGCAUGAGGAAGGAGAUACUAAUUGGUGA